AAUGCGCGUGGAAGCGAGAAGGCCAUCACAGAGGAAGCAAAUAAACUGCUCAGCAUCAGCCAACGAGGGUUGGGUUGGGGUUUAUGUCCCUUCGUAUAUAUAGCAGUUGUCAAGAUCAGUUUUGUCCUUGUUGUUUUCUUGACGUGCGGUGGGUGUAGGGCACAGAAUAGGUUGUCGCGGUUGCGCGCAAACGUGAAACUGAACAUACAGGAAUCAGACGUCUGAGGGAGAGUUUGCGGUUUUGAAAAUCUUAUAAAUUGGCUCCAGUCAAUACAGGUUUAUUGUUUGAAGUGUUACAUCUGGAGUGCCAAAGAUGGAAGGGAUACUGAUUUUUGACCACAAUAACGAUUUGAUUUAUCAAAAUUUCAACGAUGGAAUGCGUGCCAAGAUGUCCAGACAUGCAAUGGAUCUCGGUUUGAUGGAGGACGGUAAAAAUGAUCCGCGGAAGGACAUCGACAAUAAUGUGCUGAUUCAAAUCUUCAGUCCGCUGGUGGCCUCCCAGCGAAUUAUGAUGUGCCAAUUUGAUAACGCAUACACUUCGGUGCAGAUGGAAAACAACUUGAACUUAGUCUUCGAUGAGUUUUUGGGUUAUCUAUUUCUGCAAAUAAGCACUAAAGAGGUGGACCAAGUCAGGCGGGAAUUGGGAGUUUGCAUUUGCCUGUUAAAGCACAUUUGUGGACCUAGCAUAUACAUAAUCAAAAACAGUAUUGAGAAGACAAAAACUCUUACUAGUUUGAUUAGCACUUAUCGGAAAAUGUAUCAAGCAAACCAAGGAAUAUUAGUGGAAGCCAUCGAGCAACUAUUGGUCAAUGCGGACAUGAAGAAUACAGUGGUGACAUCGCUACAAGCCGCUACGGAAAAACUAAAACAGGACCCCCACUCUCAACGAAGCCAUUCCAUCAUGUUUGUGGGCAACAAGUUCCUUUCUUUGUACAGCAGCCGACAAGCGCAAGAGUUAUCCCCUGCCGAUAUGUUGUUCCUGAACAUCUUUUGUCAGACGAUGGAUCGAGGAGAGCAUUCCAAGCGGAUAGAGUCCCACGUGGUUUUCCUCCAGGGAUGCGCAAAUCAAACGACUUCGGGAUGCAUCCCUCACAUUGUCCACGUAUCCAAACUGUUCGAUGAUGUCUUCUUAGUGCUACUGAUUGAGCACGGCAAUAUCGUCUUGUCGGGAAAUUUGUACGAUGUAUUCUUUUCGUUGCAUAAGCUACAAAGCAUUCAUAUGCAGAUGGAUGUCGAGAACAUACGGUCCGCGUUCGACAACUUGGAGAUGUAUGUGAAACACACCGCGGAUUCCCUUCGCAAGAUCAAACACAACAGUCCCGAAGCGGACGAAGUCGUUCGUGUUUUCAGUUUGAAAUGGGACAAUAUCCGCAAGCGUUACUUUGAGUACUUCAAGGCUUCCGACAGUGCACUUCUGGUGAAAAUCGAAAGCAAUAUGCCCAUGUUCGUGGACGCAGUGAAGGAUAUGUUCAAAAUGUUGUGCGCUGAGUGCAGCACAUUGGAGCAUGGACUGCAAAGGGUUUCCGACAUUGCCGAUAUGGUGGAGGAGAAGCUGACAGAGGUGUUCAACUUUCUGCAGGUCAAAUCACAGAAGAACUUCUGCAUGGGAUCGUAUUUGGAAGAUUUUCCAGGGUUAGUGCAUUUUAUACACAUCGAUAGGAACAAUGGCCGAAUAGUAGCACCUGGGUUAGAUUUAGAAGAUCCCACAAAUGUUUUGAAGGAAAGGAUUUGGUCCAUGGUGGAGCUUUCGCGAACUUAUCUGCACAAAGGUCACAUGUCGAUGAUCUGGAAGGACGUUACGUUCAGCUACGGUUAUUUUCUUUGGUUCGAGGACGCUAACGGGACUGCGCUGAAGCCGAAGGAGUUUCCUGACUUCUCCACAAUCUCAACGAAACCGCAGCUGAUAGCGGGAAUACUGUCCGGAGACUACUAUCAGCGCCUGAUAGAGACAUGUUUCCCAAGAACUGCGCCGAGCAAGAUUCGCUGCUACGAGCUAUACUGCGUACACCUGGGAUUGGUUACGUCCACGAAUGUGCUGGAGCACUGCAGACGGCUAGCAGUGACGAUUACCGAUCUUACAGGGAAACCGUUCGACAUAAUAUGCUGCUGUACUGCACCGCAUUCUCCUGUUGCCUAUUGUGAGCAGAACUCAAACACGUCAAAGCAAGAAGAAGCUCUCCUCGAAGAAAUCAACAAACAAUUUUCAAUAGUAGAAUUAUUCCCAUGAUAACUAACUAGGGUUCGUAAACGUUUGAUUCAAAACGGAUUAAUAGACAACGUUGAAUCCGUCAUCUUAUUAUACUGUUUGUACGUACCUACAUUCAAUUUGGUAUUUGUCAAUGACCUAUUGGAUAUUCUUAUGCAUACAAAAAUUAGAUAAAUAUGUUCCACAUCAGUUUAGUUAAGUUCUAUUGGAAAAGUACUUAAAUCCCAUAAUAAAAGAUAUAUACGCAUUUUAAAGUGUAAAAUAUUGAAAUUGUGAAUGUGAUAUUUUUUAAUCAUUUUUCGUUUAAGUGACAAAAAAACCUGAUAAUAAAAGUAAUAAUUUUAA